CGCCCAACAUGUAAGUUAGAUGACCCAUAUAACUAAUUUUUGAUAAAGAUGUUGCCUCCCAUUUUUGUUGUAGGGUUAAUUUUUGUUUUUUAGUAAUGAUAGAAGAGGCUUAAGAAGCAAGAGACAGAAAAAGAAGGUAAGGACUGGAUCAGUAAUUCCUUAUAUCUCUCUGUUAUUGUUUGCAGUGUCCCAAUCUGUCAGAUAUCCAAAUUUAUUGCUCUGCACCGCAUCACGCACACAAUUAACUAUACCGCAUCUUUAUAUUCUCAUUCAUUUUUUGAAUCCUUCUUUUUCAAUUCAUCCCUCCUAAUUCUAUGGCUUCACCAUCACCCAAACCACAGAAAAAACUUUCAGAAUUUCUAAAUGAACAACAAGAACCCUUCAUCCUAGAACUUUACUUAUUAGAAAGAUCAAAUUCCUCAAAAAAACUGACUUCAACUUCACCCACCAAUUUCCAAAAACCUUCAAGCUCUUGCUUCCUAAACAAAAAGAGAAAACCUCUCUUCCCAUUUUGUAAAAUUUUAACAUGUGUACACAAGAAGAAGCUUGCAGCAGCAAUCAAGAAUUCCUGCACGACAAACAAACAUACCAACGCUAGUGUCACUAUGUCUCACAAAGAUAACAAUGUUGAUCGAAUACAAACAGCUUCCGAAACAGAUCGUUUCUCAACUGUUAGCAGUUCCACCGUGUUCCAUUCAUGCUCAGAUACUGAAGAUGAAGAAGACAGAACUUCAUUUUCGUCUCGCAAAUAUCAUAAUCCUCUGUUUUCUCCAGAUAGUGUCUGCAACACUGGAAUCCAUAGCCAGCAAGAUUCCGACAACAGAAAGUGCCACCAGAGAUGCAUAAAAGUGUGUCCGACACAUGAAACAUUGAACAAGGAUGUUUGUGUUUGCGGUGUGGUUGUGCCUAAGAAAAUCAAUGAGGAAUCUCUAUUAUUACCUGCUAUAUUUAGUUCACUUAUUCAAACAGCAAAGAGAGAUCAGAAGAAUUAUACUAAACAAUUGCGACAAAUUCUUGAGCAUAAAAGAGUGUUGCACAAGACAAAGAAGCUCUUAUUUGAUUGUGUGAAAGAAUUCACCAAAAAUAUGAAGAAAAAAGAUUGUAAGAAAUUCAUGGGAGCUGAAAAGCUGGGGAAGAUAAUAUGGAAAAGAAGAAAAGAAGGUGGUGGAAAUUAUGAGACAAAUAUUACUAAAUUGUUGAAUUUAGAUCACUUGGAUUCGAUGAAUGAAUGGAGUGAGUUUAAGACAGAGAUUAAAGAUAUUAGUUUUGAGAUUGCUGAUGCAAUAUUGGAACGUAUGAUGAAAGAUGAAAUUGUAUGAAUGAUAUAUAGCCACCAACCAUACAACAACGUAAAAUUUAUGUUGAUGUAAUAUUUCAUACCAUAAACUUAAAUGAUGCAUUGUUUUCUUUCUUUUUGCGAAUUGAAAAUUUGAAACAUGAAACGUGUUCCAAAGGAUUCAAAAUGGAAUAAUAUAGAUUUUGAUGAUUCUAGUGUUUUGGUUGGUUGGAAAGGUGUUGUCGUUUACUGUAUUGAUUAUGUGAGUGAAGUUUAAAUA